GGAAUCCAGCUACCACCACCCAAAGCCAGCGUCUGCUUUCUGUCCUCAUUUCCUUUUCCCACCCAGCUCUGAGAGCAGAGAAAGGCAGAGGGAGCGAGAGAUAGAGACAGUCAGAGAGACAGACAGACAGCCAGAGAGAGCAGGAGGGAGGAGGGCGGAGGAGGAGGAGCAGGAGGAGGACUACGCGGGGCGCGUUCCCUCCCAGCUGCCGAGCGCCCGCGUCGCUGCCGCGGCCGGAAGACAGACGCCCCCCAAAGCCCCUCGCCUGGCUCGGACCAACGGAGCCGGCAGCCCAGCACUCCGAUGGGAGCUUGCCUGCCUGUCUGCCCAUUGGCCUGGACUCCAGAGCCUGCCCAGCUGAGUGCGUGCAGAGGGCCCCGGCUUUGGGGCGACUCUCAGGCCGCCGAAGAGACCACUCUGGAACCACUGGAGAAGACAGGCCUUUCUUGCUGAGCUGGGCCUGUCUGCACAGCCUGCUCAGGCGCUGUCCACGCCCCGAGGCCUGGGCUCAGGCCGAAGCUGCCCCGCAGCACCCCCAGCUGACAGCCAGCGACUGGCAGAGCCCCCAGGCACGGGGGCCUUCUCUCUCUCAGAGAUCUCCAGUGUGACAGCCCAGGCGGCAGAGCCGAGGGUCCUGGUCCCGGCUUCUCGCACCCUCAUGUCAGCCCCGGCCCCGCCCGGCGGCCCGUGGAGGACAAGGUCAGGAUGCGUGUGAAGCCCCAGGGCCUGGUGGUGACUUCCAGUGCCGUGUGCAGCUCUCCUGACUACCUCCGGGAGCCCAAGUACUACCCCGGCGGCCCCCCCACCCCCCGGCCCUUGCUUCCCGCCCGGCCCCCUGCCAGCCCACCCGACAAGGCCUUCGCCCACACCUUCUCCGAGAACCCGCGCCCACCCCCACGCCGGGACCCCAGCACCCGGCGCCCACCAGUCCUUGCCAAGGGGGACGACCCGCUGCCCCCGAGGGCAGCCCGUCCUGUCUCCCAGGCCCGCUGCCCCACCCCCGCGGGAGACGGCAGCAGCUCCCGACGGCGCUGGGACAACGGGCGGGUGAACCUGCGUCCAGUGGUCCAGCUGAUUGACAUCAUGAAGGACCUGACCCGGCUCUCCCAGGACCUGCAGCACAGCGGCGUGCACCUGGACUGUGGUGGCCUCCGGCUCAGCCGCCCACCUGCCCCGCCCCCCGGGGACCUUCAGUAUAGCUUCUUCUCCUCACCCAGCCUGGCCAACAGCAUCCGCAGCCCUGAGGAGCGGGCCACCCCCCAUGCCAAGUCUGAGCGGUCCAGCCACCCCCUCUACGAGCCUGAGCCUGAGCCUAGGGACAGUCCCCAGCCCGGCCAAGGCCAUAGUCCCGGAGCCACGGCCACGGCCACUGGUCUGCCACCAGAGCCCGAGCCAGACGGUCCUGAUUACUCAGAACUCGCUGACGCCGACAUCCUGAGUGAGCUGGCCUCCCUGACUUGCCCCGAGGCCCAGCUGCUGGAGGCCCAGGCCCUCGAGCCACCGUCGCCUGAGCCAGAGCCUCAGCUCCUAGACCCCCAGCCCCGCUUCCUGGACCCGCAGGCACUAGAGCCGCUCGGGGAAGCUUUGGAGCUGCCGCCCCUGCAACCCCUUGCUGAUCCUCUGGGGUUGCCGGGCCUGGCUCUGCAGGCCCUAGAUACCCUGCCCGACUCCCUGGAGUCGCAGCUGCUCGACCCUCAGGCGCUUGACCCCCUGCCCAAGUUGCUUGACGUCCCUAGCCGCCGCCUGGAGCCCCAGCAGCCCCUGGGACCCUGCCCGCUGGCUGAGCCCUUGCGCCUGGACUUGUGCUCACCCCAUGGCCCUCCUGGGCCUGAGGGUCACCCCAAAUACGCCUUGCGGCGCACCGAUAGGCCAAAGAUCCUGUGUCGCCGACGGAAAGCCGGACGGGGACGCAAGGCAGACGCCGGCCCCGAGGGCCGUCUGCUGCCCCUGCCUGUGCCCACAGGGCUGGCGGCUGCCCUGGCUGAGCCCCCACCCCCGCCCCCGCCCCCACCUCACACCCUGCCCGGCCCAGGCCCAGUCCCAGAGCUGGAGCCCGAAUCCUCCCAGACCCCAGUGGUCCCUACCCGCAGAGGCAAGUGCCGGGGCGUGCGGCGCAUGGUGGUGAAGAUGGCCAAGAUCCCCGUGUCACUGGGCCGGCGGAACAAGACCACGUACAAGGUGUCGUCUUUGAGCAGCAGCCUGAGCGUGGAGGGCAAGGAGCUGGGCCUGCGCGUGUCCACAGAGCCCACCCCGCUGCUGAAGAUGAAGAACAAUGGGCGGAACGUGGUGGUGGUCUUCCCACCCGGCGAGAUGCCCAUCAUUCUCAAGCGUAAGCGCGGCCGCCCUCCUAAGAACCUGCUCCUGGGCCCCGGCAAGCCCAAGGAGCCAGCGGUGGUGGCGGCCGAGGCAGCCACUGUGGCGGCAGCCACCAUGGCCAUGCCGGAGGUGAAGAAACGGCGGCGGCGGAAGCAGAAGCUGGCAUCUCCCCAGCCGUCCUACGCAGCAGAUGCCAACGACAGCAAGGCCGAGUACUCAGACGUCCUCGCCAAGCUGGCCUUCCUGAACCGCCAGAGCCAGUGCGCUGGGCGGUGCUCACCGCCCCGCUGCUGGACACCCAGUGAGCCCGAGUCAGUGCACCAGGCGCCCGACACACAGAGCAUCUCCCACUUCCUGCACCGUGUGCAGGGCUUCCGGCGGCGAGGUGGCAAAGCAGGCGGUUUUGGUGGCCGGGGUGGGGGCCACGCGGCCAAGGCUGCCCGAUGCUCCUUCAGCGACUUCUUUGAGGGCAUCGGCAAGAAAAAGAAGGUGGUGGCCGUGGCAGCCGCCGGGGUCGGGGGCCCUGGCCUCGCUGAGUUGGGGCACCCACGCAAACGGGGCCGGGGGGAGGUAGACGCUGUGACUGGGAAGCCCAAACGCAAGAGGCGGUCCCGGAAGAACGGGACUCUGUUCCCGGAACAGGUGCCCAGUGGCCCAGGCUUUGGGGAGGCGGGCACUGAGUGGGCCGGGGACAAGGGUGGUGGCUGGGCCCCUCACCAUGGGCACCCGGGCGGGCAAGCUGGCCGAAACUGCGGGUUCCAGGGGACCGAGGCCCGGGCCUUUGCCUCCACCGGGCUAGAGAGCGGGGCUUCGGGCCGUGGCAGCUACUACAGCACCGCCGCACCUGCGGGCCGGACGGAGCUCAGCCAGGAGCGCCAGAACCUCUUCACCGGCUAUUUCCGCUCGCUGCUCGACUCGGAUGACUCCUCCGACCUCUUGGACUUUGCCCUCUCAGCCUCUCGCCCCGAGUCCCGGAAGGCAUCAGGCACCUACGCAGGGCCCCCCAGCAGCGCCCUGCCCGCCCAGCGGGGCCUGGCCACCUUCCCCAGCCGGGGAGCCAAGGCCAGCCCGGUGGCGGUGGGCAGCAGCGGGGCUGGGGCGGACCCCUCCUUCCAGCCCGUUCUGCCCACUCGCCAGACCUUCCCGCCGGGCCGGGCAGCGAGCUAUGGGCUGACCCCCGGCGCUUCAGACUGCCGGGCAGCCGAGACCUUCCCGAAGCUGGCUCCUCUGUCUUCUGCCGUGGCUCGCUCACCUACCGCACACCCACCCGCCAGCACCUACCCCCCGCAGUACGGGGGCUACGGAGCUGGACAAAGUGUAUUCGCACCCACUAAGCCCUUUACGGGCCAGGACUGCGCCAACAGCAAGGACUGCAGCUUUGCCUACGGCAGUGGCAACAGCCUCCCUGCCUCACCCAGCAGCGCCCACAGCGCUGGCUACGCCCCACCGCCUACCGGUGGCCCCUGCCUGCCACCAAGCAAGGCAUCCUUCUUCAACAGCUCUGAGGGGGGCCCCUUCUCUGGUUCGGCCCCCACACCCCUGCGCUGUGACAGCCGGGCCAGCACGGUCUCACCCGGCGGCUACAUGGUACCCAAGGGCACCACAGCCUCUGCCACCUCUGCCGCGUCCUCGUCCUCCUCCUCCUUCCAGCCCUCGCCUGAGAACUGUCGGCAGUUUGCGGGGGCUUCUCAGUGGCCUUUCCGGCAGGGCUAUGGAGGCCUGGACUGGGCCUCAGAGGCCUUCAGUCAGCUCUACAAUCCCGGUUUCGACUGCCACGUCAGCGAGCCCAACGUGAUCCUGGACAUCUCCAACUACACACCGCAGAAGGUGAAGCAGCAGACAGCCGUGUCCGAGACCUUCUCCGAGUCAUCCUCCGACAGCACCCAGUUCAAUCAGCCCGGCGGUGGCGGUUUCCGGCGUGCCAACAGCGAGGCCUCGAGCAGCGAGGGCCAGUCGAGCCUGUCCAGCCUGGAGAAACUGAUGAUGGACUGGAACGAGGCAUCGUCCGCUCCCGGUUACAACUGGAACCAGAGCGUCCUCUUCCAGAGCAGCUCCAAGCCAGGCCGUGGACGGCGGAAGAAGGUGGACCUGUUCGAGGCCUCACAUCUGGGCUUCCCGUCAACCGCCUCGGCCAGCGCCGCGGGCUACCCAUCCAAACGGAGCACCGGGCCCCGGCAGCCUCGGGGUGGACGGGGGGGCGGGGCCUGCUCAGCCAAGAAGGAGCGGGGCGGGGCGGCGGCCAAAGCCAAGUUCAUCCCCAAGCCCCAGCCGGUCAACCCGCUGUUCCAGGACAGCCCAGACCUCGGCCUGGACUACUACAGCGGGGACAGCAGCAUGUCACCGCUGCCCUCGCAGUCGAGGGCCUUCAGCGUGGGCGAGCGAGAUCCCUGUGACUUCAUGGGACCCUACUCCAUGAACCCGUCCACGCCAUCGGACGGCACCUUCGGCCAAGGCUUCCACUGCGACUCGCCCAGCCUCGGUGCCCCUGAGCUGGAUGGCAAGCAUUUCCCGCCGCUGGCCCACCCGCCUACGGUGUUUGAUGCUGGCCUGCAGAAGGCCUACUCCCCCACCUGCUCCCCGACCCUGGGCUUCAAGGAAGAGCUGCGGCCGCCACCCACAAAGCUGGCUGCCUGUGAGCCCCUCAAGCAUGGGCUCCAGGGGGCCAGCCUGAGCCAUGCAGCUGCAGCCCAGGCCCACCUGAGCUGCCGGGACCUGCCGCUGGGCCAGCCCCACUACGACUCCCCCAGCUGCAAGGGUACAGCAUAUUGGUACCCGCCAGGCUCAGCUGCCCGCAGCCCGCCCUAUGAAGGCAAGGUGGGUUCAGGGCUGCUGGCUGACUUCCUGGGCAGGACGGAGGCCGCGUGCCUCAGUGCCCCACACCUGGCUAGCCCGCCGGCCACACCUAAGGCCGACAAGGAGCCACUGGAGAUGGCCCGGCCGCCCGGCCCACCCCGUGGCCCCGCUGCAGCUGCUGCUGGCUAUGGCUGCCCACUCCUUAGUGACUUAACCCUGUCCCCUGUGCCGAGGGACUCGCUGCUGCCCCUGCAGGAUACCGCCUACAGGUAUCCAGGCUUUAUGCCGCAGGCGCAUCCCGGCCUGGGUGGGGGCCCCAAGAGCGGCUUCCUGGGGCCCAUGGCGGAACCUCACCCUGAGGACACAUUCACCGUCACCUCCCUGUAGUGCCAACUGAAGUGCCGACUGGACCUCGAGGUUUUGUUCCUGGCUUUCAGAAAACCAACGCCAAGACCCCUCCCAGCGUCCACAUGGUCCUCCGGCAGGCGCCUGCCCCUCUGCCUCCCGCCCCACCUCCCCUGCACCCCCUGCAGCCCCAUCGCCCCCCCCACCCCUCCCUGCCCAUCUCCUCCACGCAGAAGCCGAAGGUGAGCCCUUUCUGCACAAAACCAGCAAUUGUAAAUACUUUUUAAAAAUGUACAAAACUUAAAAACAAAACACAGUUUUAGAAAAAGACAAAAAAAAGAGAGAGAGAGAGAACGCGAGCGUGUGCAAGAGGUUGCGAGCGGGGCCUCAAGGUGUCCAGAGCCCCUGCAAGUAUGCACUGAGAAAUUUAUCUACAGGUCGUUUGACAAAAAUGAACAAUAUCCUAUUUAUUGUAUAUACUGUUUUAUUAUAAAUCGUGGAUUGUAUAUUGCAUUCUGUAAACCUGCUGUGGUCCCGUGGUGUGCAAAUUCGCAUGGUGGGGGGGAGGGAGAGGAACCUCUUGCGGGAGCUUUUUUUUUUGUUUUUUUGUUUUUUUUUUUCUUAUUUUUCACUCUUUUGGGUUUUCUCUUCUGUUGUUGUUGUUGUUUUCUGUUGGCAGGACACACCCAAAGAUCCAAGUUUGUAUUAA